UGUCAGGUUAACCGAGCAACGUAUUUUUGUUCCUGUGUCAACGAAAGAAGAAGAAAAGAACAGCAGCUAGUGAGAACCUGAGAAGUUUCCAUCACUUAUUUUUUUCAUCACCCAUAAACGGAAAGGCCCCAUCACGUAAUCCACAAUCCGUUGCCUUUGAAGAACUCGUUUUGAAGAUGAACUCCAAUGUGGAGAAUUUGCCCCCUCAUGUUCUUCGCUUGGUGUACAAAGAAGUUUCAGCUUUAGCCGCGGAUCCACCGGAGGGCAUCAAGAUCUACCCCAGUGAUGAAGACAUAACGGAACUGCACACAGCCAUUGAAGGGCCUGAGGGAACCCCGUUUGCCGGCGGCGUGUUCCGAAUGCGCCUGGUCCUUGGUAAGGACUUCCCUGCUGUUCCACCCAAAGGGUAUUUCCUGACCAAGAUUUUCCACCCUAACGUGGGCCACAAAGGGGAGAUCUGCGUCAAUGUCCUGAAGAGGGACUGGAAGGCAGAACUCGGCCUCCGACACGUCUUGCUCACAAUCAAGUGUCUCCUCAUCCAUCCCAACCCGGAGUCGGCUCUUAACGAGGAGGCGGGGCGCCUGCUCCUGGAGGACUAUACGGAAUACGAGGCGCGUGCCCGCCUGCUCACAGAGAUCCACGCCAUGGCGGGUCCCGGCAGCUCCUCAGGGUCCUCGCAGGACCCAAACGACGGGCCACAGCCCAAGAAGCACGCGGGGGACCUCGCUAAGAGGGCGGGAGCCAGCGCGGCCGCCGUGCCCGCCGCUCUCGGGAAUGGUGCCAACGGACCCAGCAGCAGCAGUAGUAGCUCUAUUAAUAACAUAUCAGUUAAAAAGAAAGCAGAUAAAAAGCGCGCAUUGAGGCGCCUUUAAUGCCUUGAAUGCAACAUUUUCAGUGUGUUUGAUUGCGUGUGUGUGUGAGCGUGGAAAAGUGUAAAUACAGAUAUCCAAGUUGUUCCUUUUAAGUUGUUCCCUCUUUCGACCACCAUCCAGACUGUCCACUUUGUACUGUAGCGUUUGACUUGUCAGAAUUAAAGACAGAAUUAAAAUGAUGACAGAUAAUGGGUUUCUCCCCUUUAAAGAAGAGAGAACGCGCACAAAAAUACUCAUUACCAGAAUCUUCACACUGGGCAAAUAUAGAAUGCCCUUUGAACAUUUAUUCAUGAUUUAUAUAAUCCAUUCUAAGGUCCAUGUACUAGUACACUCUUUGUCUGAACAAGCAAGACAAUUCCGUGUGCUAGUAGAAGGACGAGGCGCACUCGUGCCACUUUUGACUUACUGGUACGACCUUAAGAUGGAUAUUAAAUUAAGGACAUCAAACAAAUGGCUUCAGGCUAUGUCAAAACCGUUAGAGCAUUUAUUCGAUAUUCUUGUUAAGUCAAACCAUGCUCAAACAAUAUUUAAUAUCAAAUAAAUGCUCAAACAGCUUUGGUAUCCUUGAAAUCCAUCUUUAAUUCCAUGUACUAGCAUUUGUCCUCACUACUAAGACAAUUCAGUGCACUAGUAGCAUGACUGUCUUCGUGGUAACUUUCCCACUGCUAGGACCUCUGUUGGCCUACACGUACGAGCUUAAGUUGGAUAUUGAAUGAACAUUGAAAUGGAUGCUAAAAUGAUCCUUGACAGUUUUGACAUCCUAUUAGAGUGACCGAUAUUAGAGCCACACUGAAAAGAUGAAAACCGUAAAUUGUGAGAAUAAAGUCAAAUAAAUUGUAACGUUAUGAUUGAUUGUCAAAAUUCCCACAAAAUUAAAUGCAAUUCUCAUAGAAUGACUUUAUUCUUGUC